AAGGAGGGGAAGGGAUUGGGAUGGUGAGAAUCCAGGACCUGAAUUCCCAGCCUGGCCAACCCUCGCAGCUCUGUCUGCCCUCAAGAGCAGGUACUCCUUAAGGCCUGCAGGGUUGGGGGAGUUGGGGUGGCCCAAGGCUCUUUUCUGUUAGAGCCUUGAUCCCCCCUACCUCCACCACCUAUGCUCAGUAGAACCCCUGGGUGCUGAAUGGCAGGAGCCCCGGGGUGUCCCAUAUGGGUAUGGCUGGCUGGGUCACUAACCUCUGUGAUCUGUUCCCUCCCUCUCCAGAUCAUGCGGAUCAAACCUCACCAAAGCCAGCACAUAGGAGAGAUGAGCUUCCUACAGCAUAGCAGAUGUGAAUGCAGACCAAAGAAAGACAGAACAAAGCCAGAAAAAAAAUCAGUUCGAGGAAAGGGAAAGGGUCAAAAACGAAAGCGCAAGAAAUCCCGGUUUAAAUCCUGGAGCGUUCACUGUGAGCCUUGCUCAGAGCGGAGAAAGCAUUUGUUUGUCCAAGAUCCGCAGACGUGUAAAUGUUCCUGCAAAAACACAGACUCGCGUUGCAAGGCGAGGCAGCUUGAGUUAAACGAACGUACUUGCAGAUGUGACAAGCCGCGGCGGUGAGCCAGGCUGCAGGAAGGAGCCUCCCUCAGGGUUUCGGGAACCAGACCUCUCACCAGAAAGACCGAUUAACCAUGUCACCACCACACCAUCAUCGUCACCAUUGACAGAACAGUCCUUAAUCCAGAAAGCCUGACAUGAAGGAAGAGGAGACUCUUCGAGGAGCACUUUGGGUCCGGAGGGCAAGACUCCGGCAGAAGCAUUCCCGGGCAGGUGACCAAGCACGGUCCCUUGUGGAACUGGAUUCGACAUUUUCUUUUACUUGCUGCUAAAUCACCAAGCCCGGAAGAUUAGGGAGUUUAUUUCUGGGAUUCCUGUAGACACACCCACCCACAUACACACACAUAUAUAUAUAUUAUAUAUAUAUAAAUAAAUAUAUAUGUUUUUAUAUAUAUAAAAUAUAUAUAUUCUUUUUUUAAAUUAACUUUGCUAAUGUUAUUGGUGUCCUCACUGGAUGUGUCUGACUGCUGUGGACUUGAGUUGGGACGAGAAUGUCCCCACUCGGAUCCUGAUAGGGGAGACAGUGGGAUGAAAGACUGUGGUGUGGUCUUUCGUCCUUUUGCCUGCCAGGGAACGUGCGAGGCCAGGGCACGGGGGCACACUGGCUCACUUCCAGAAACACGACAAACCCAUCCCUGGCCCCGAGUCAAGAGGACAGAAAGAUGGCAGAAAAAGAGACAAAGACGCUGGUCCCAACAGGAGUCUGGGAGCCUCAGGACGUGGCCUGCUUCGUGGAUCCCGCUACAUGCUGCCCUCUGGGCACUGCCUGGAAGAAUCAGGAGCCUGGCCAGCCUGCAGCUCUCUCCUCCGAGGUGCCCAGGAGGCCCCCCACAGGUGUCCUGGCUAAGAGAAAAUGUUGGUGGAAGAAGAGGCCUGGCGAGGCUCCUCCUCCUGGGAACCCCUUUUUCUCUCCCUACCCCACUUCCUGGGUACAGCCCAGGGGAACCUUGUGUGCUCAGACCAUUGAAACCACUAGUUCUGUCCCCAGGAGACUUGGCCGUGUGUGAGUGGCUAACCCUCCCCCACCCCAUCCCUUCCCGAGGCACAGAGCAGUGGGGCAGGACCCGCAAGCCCCUCACGGAGGCAGAGAAAAGAGAAAGUGUUUUAUAUACGGUACUUAUUUAAUAGUCCUUUUUAAUUAGAAAUUAAAAACAGUUAAUUUAAUUAAAGAGUAGGGUUUUUUUUUCAGUAUUCUUGGUUAAUAUUUAAUUUCAACUAUUUAUGAGAUGUACCUCUCGCUCUCUCUUUAUUUGUACUUUUUGUGUGUGUGUAUGAAAUCUGUGUUUCCAAUCUCUCUCUCCCGGAUCGGUGACAGUCACUAGCUUGUCCUGAGAAGAGAUUUAAUUUUGCUAACACUCAGCUCUGCCCUUCCCUGGUCCCCUCCACACAUUCCUUUGAAAUAAGGUUUCAAUAUACAUUUACAUACUAUAUAUAUAUUUGGUAACUUGUGUUUGUAUAUAAAUAUAUAUAUAUAUAUGUUUAUGUAUAUAUGUGAUUCUGAUAAAAUAGACAUUGCUAUUCUGUUUUUUAUAUGUAAAAACAAAACAAGAAAAAAUAGAGAAUUCUACAUACUAAAUCUCUCUCCUUUUUUAAUUUUAAUAUUUGUUAUCAUUUAUUUAUUGGUGCUACUGUUUAUCCGUAAUAAUUGUGGGGGAAAAGAUAUUAACAUCACGUCUUUGUCUCUAGUGCAGUUUUCCGAGAUAUUCCGUAGUACAUAUUUAUUUUUAAACAGCAACAAAGAAAUACAGAUAUAUCUUAAAAAAAAAAAGCAUUUUGUAUUAAAGAAUUGAAUUCUGA